UCUUCUAACCUGGCCUGUUCCACCAGGUCGCGAGACCGACUCUGUCCGAAAUGUGCUAGGGGGCGUUUUUUCUCCUCCGCUCCGCGCGCUCCGACUCUCACACACCUCGCAUUACGCUUGGCUGGCAGCAGCAACAUCACCCGGGGAUCAGCUCCAGUCCUCCUAGAAGCUGGAUGUGAGGUUCCCUUCGCUAGAGCAAAUAUUCCUCAUAUCAGGUGUAUCUUGUCGGGGGAGAAUCUGCAGCGCUUUGAUCUUUUCUGGAAUCGCGAUGCAGCUGAAUUCAUUUUUACGCAUCGGCACUUUGGUGCUGUGCGCGCUGAUGGCCCUGCUGGGGAUCAUCAUCUUUGGCUUUUACACUUCAACAUUAAGCUGUUCCAUCUCACUCUCAGCUUCUGGAGGAAGGAGUCCCUCUUCGCCCAUCCAGGAGAAGGCCCUUUGUAAGAACAGGAGUCGACAAAUUGCUUCUCCUCAGGGGUUCUCUUCCAAGCAGCCCAGUAUCAUGGGAGGGAGGUCUGAUGUGGUAACAGUCACACCGUGGUUGGCGCCCAUUGUCUGGGAGGGUACCUUUGACCCCUUGCUCAUCGAUGCCAUUUACAGGCCCAUGAACUUCUCCAUUGCAGCUACUGUGUUCGCCGUUGGAAAGUACAUCAGGUUCCUGAAAGACUUCCUGGAAACCGCAGAGGAGCAUUUCAUGGUUGGUUUCAAAGUGCACUACCACAUUUUCACCGACCAGCCGGAUGAAGUGCCACAAGUCAGCAUGGGAGACGGGAGAAACAUCUCUGUGCAUCAUAUAGCAAAACUCAACCGCUGGCAGGACAUAUCGUCUUCGAGGAUGCGCAUAAUCCAGAACCUCAUUGAGGAGCAAGUUCACCGAGAGGCAGACUACAUCUUCUGUCUGGACGUGGACACCAAAUUCCACUUCCGCUGGGGAGCCGAGGCACUGGACCAAUUAGUGGCCCAAAUACACCCGUGGUUCUACGAUAUGUCGCGCAAUCAGUUCACGUACGAGCGGCGCCCGAUCUCUACGGCCUACAUUCCCCAGGACAAGGGGGACUUCUACUACAUCGGGGCCAUGUUCGGUGGCAUGGUGGAGGACGUCCACAGACUGGUCCAAACGUGCUGCAGAAAUCUGGAAGCAGACAGCGCCAAUGGGAUCGAGGCAGCCUGGCAGGAAGAGAGCCACCUCAACUGGUACCUGCUGUACAAUAAACCCUCCAAGGUCCUGUCCCCAGAGUACCUGUGGCACGACCAGAGGGGAAGGACAGAGGUGAUGAAGGUCAUUCGCCUUUCUCAGAUCAUCAAGAACAACGCUGAAGUGAGAGAAAAUGUGUAGUUCUUCCCACUGUGAUAUUGUGCACAGUCCUGGGAGUCAUAUGAGGGCUAAUAUAUGGGUUAUAUGGGCUAAUAUCUCAGUAAGGUGCCUUGGACACGGGUUCGUUUAAUAAGUAGCUGAGCGAUGAGGAUGUUUGACGUUAUGCUCUACGCCGUCGGGACUCUGCAGCAACACCUCAGUGCUCGGAAAUGUAGGAAAUUCUCGUAAAGGGGCUGUGCAGCUGGGGACAGCUGGAGGUGGGGAGUUGAACCUGCAAUAUUUAGAUUGAAAGGCUGCCUUUGAAUCUACAGAUUGCAGGUUCAACUCCCCACCUCCAGCUGUAGUACC